AUAUUGCAUGAUAUUUUUAAGUUGAUUUGAUUUAAUAAGGUGUACUGUAAUUCAGUUAUGUUACAGGUCAAUAACAUUCUACAAAUGCAUAUAUUCUAAUGUCAAAAAAUAUAAGCAGUUUUGUAAUUAAUAAUAAGCAUUUUUAAUUAAAAGUAAGAAAUGUUUUUUCCCACAAUUUAAUCUUAUCAUAUUGAGUUACAUAACAUGUUAGUAUGCCCCUAUAAAUGUUAAAACGAAGCACUUGGUUACAAGUUUGAUCCUGUAACAUGCUGAAGAUGUUUUAUAUAAAUUAACUUAAGCAUUAAAAUGAACGAAAAGAAAGAGAUUGUUGUAGUAGGAUCCUGUAUGAUAGAUUUUGUUUGUUAUGCACCAAGACUGCCAAAAGAGGGCGAAACCAUUCAUGGUUACAAGUUCAACACUAACUUUGGCGGGAAAGGAGCCAACCAAUGUGUAGCGGCAGCGUACUUAGGGGGAAAUACAGCGCUUAUUGCCCGGGUAGGUGAUGAUUUAUGGGGUGAAAAGUAUAUUGAUCAUUUGAAGAAAACUAAAGUUGAUACUACUUUUGUAAAGAAAACAUCAAAUAGUGCAACUGGCAUAGCUCAAAUUACAGUGUCUGACACUGGUCAAAAUCAAAUAGUUAUAGUGGCGGGCGCUAAUACAAAAUUAUCUGUGGAGGACGUGAAAUCUGCAAAAGAGCUAAUUAGUUCAGCAGAAGUUGUAGUUUGUCAGUUGGAAACUUCUAUUGAUGUUGCCGUUGAAACUUUAACAAUAUGUUCUAAGAUAUCUAUUUUGAAUGCUGCUCCGUCAAUAAAAGAAUACGAAACAAAACUUUUGUCAUUACCCACCAUAUUUUGCGUGAAUGAAGUGGAAAUUGAAGAUUUUACUGGAGUAACAGUAAAUUCCCUUGACGAUGGAAGAGAAGCUGUGCAGAGAUUGUUAAGAAAGGGAUGUAAAAGUGUAAUUUUAACUUUGGGUUCUCAAGGUGCUCUUUAUGCCACUCCUGACAGAAUUGACCAUGUAACAACACCAACUGUGAAAUGUGUUGACACAACAGGGGCUGGAGAUGCUUUUAUUGGUGCUUUAGCAUAUCUUUUGGCUCAUGAGAAAAAUUCUGAUAUUCUUGAAAUUAUUAAAUUUGCUUGUUUUGCUGCAACAGAUUCUGUUACAAGGCCAGGAACGCAGGCAAGCUUUCCGGAUUUGCAAAUUUUUAGCAAAUACGAUGAAAUGAAUAAUUAAUUAAAAUAAAAACAUUUUCUUAAAGAAAUUAAUUGCUCCUAACAAUAAUAAUUAUUCGAUGU